AUGAUCCAGGAGCAACAGCCAGAUGACGAAACCGGGACAGCAACGAUGGAGGAUGACAGCUAUUUCGACAGUUACGAAGAUAUCGACAUUCAUCGAUUGAUGCUAAAGGAUGUUUCUCGAACGGAAGCCUACCAAAAAGCCAUCCUCGGUAACAAGGAACAAUUUGAGGGCAAAAUAGUUAUGGAUAUCGGAGCAGGAACCGGAAUCCUUUCGUUAUUUUGCGCUCAAGCUGGUGCUGCCAAAGUAUAUGCGGUCGAAGCCAGUGGCUUGGCCAACGUCACUCGGGAAGUUGUGGCCAAAAAUGGAUUCUCACACGUGAUUGAGGUCGUUCACGGGAAAGCAGAGGAGAUUGACCUGCCCGAAGGCGCCAAAGUGGACGUCAUCGUGAGCGAGUGGAUGGGCUUUUAUUUACUGCACGAAUCCAUGAUGGAGUCGGUGCUGCUGGCUCGCGACAAACAUCUCAAACCAGAUGGAGUGAUGCUGCCUUCUAGAGCCACGCUCUACGCCGCCGCCUGUCGUCUGGGCCAAUUCUACACCGAGCAGGUGGACUUCUGGAAGGAUCUCUACGGAUUGGAUUUGUCACCUGUCGGCCAGGCCGUCCUGGACUCGAAGCGAUGCAAGCCGGAGGUGGCCGUCGUCAAGGCUGACGAGCUUUUGAGCGCUCCCGUUCAAGUUGCCGAUUUCGAUCUGGCCUGGCUCGGACCCGACGAAAUCGAGCGAGUUCAUUCACGCGCCUUCACUUCCGUCGUCUGCGACGAGCCGACCGAAUACCAGGGCGUCUGUUUGUGGUUUGACUGCUCUUUCGAAUGGCCGGAUCGGAUGGCUUCAUCGCCGGUAAAGCUCAGCACGUCUCCCAGUUCAGCCGCCACCCACUGGAAACAAACCAUUAUCGUCUUGCCAUCAUCAAUCCAAGUGGAGGAAGGCGACCUAAUUGGCUGGGAGUUGACUCUCAACCGCAGCCCGGAACACCGGCGACGAUACCAAAUCGAAUUGAACUUGCUCGACCCCGAGGAAGACGAGCAUCCCGUGCCGUGUUCCUGCGGGCAGGCGAGGUGCGUCGUCAUCGCGGCAUUUAUGGCCAAGGCGGACCAAGAGCCCCUACCCGAUGACGGUGUUGAUGUCUUCUCUACCGAGCCGCAGUGA